UGUUUUAUUGGGCGGUAUGAGUGCGGCGCAUGACAAUAACAGCCCCAGCAGAGAGUGAUGUUGGUUCCUCCAAACUCUCUCGCAGAGAAAUGAGUCCCAGAGCUCCUUGCAAAGUAAUUGGUCUAAUUAGGUGGAAGGAAGGAGCGCCUUUAAAUUCCUUGGAAAUUAAGACGCGUCAUCCACUUAACAUCUUAACAUCUGCUCCUGCCUCUCCCCCACUGCACGGGGCUGAAGGACAGCUUACUGCCGGGUCUUUGGGGCCAUAUUUCCACCCACCUGCCCCCAAACUAGGAAGAUACUGACCGUUGCUCUGGGGGAAUGAAGCAUCUAUGGCAGCUGCCCCCAUCUUUAUUCCUCAAUUUGAUGCAUGUUUGCCUGGCUCAGGCGAAUUACGCUCCCUAUUUCUUCGACAAUGGAGCUAGCAGCACUAACGGGAACAUGGCACUUCUCAGCCUUUCGGAAGACACAGCUGUCGGUACACACGUGUACACAUUAAACGGAACGGAUCCAGAAGGGGAUCCGGUAACCUACGGCAUGACCUUUGAAUCUGGGUCAAGAAAGUACUUUGCUAUUGAUGAAAACUAUGGAAAUGUUACACUGAUUGAAGAGCUGGACCGUGAGAGAGAAGAUGAGGUUGAAGUUGUCGUCAGCAUCUCAGAUGGCUUAAGUACAGUGGCUGAGAAAGUCAGGAUCCUUGUAACAGAUGCUAAUGACGAGAGCCCAGAAUUUACCAACACACCAUACAUAGCCCAAGUCCUGGAGAACACCCCUUCAGGAAGCAGCAUCUUGAAAAUUGAAGCCAUAGACAGAGACACCGGUUCAGGGGGGAGCAUUACCUACUUUCUGCAGAACAUCCAUACAAAUAAGUUUACUAUAGAUCGCCACAGUGGUGUCCUUCGCAUCAAAACUGGGAUCACUCUUGACUAUGAAAAAUCAAGAACUUAUUUUGUUACUGUGGUGGCAAAGGAUGGCGGCGGAAAGCUCCGUGGCAACAACAAGGUAUUCUCAGCCACAACCACUGUCACAAUCAAUGUGGAAGAUGUUCAGGACACACCUCCGAUGUUUGUCGGUACUCCCUACUAUGGAUAUGUCUAUGAGGACACUCUGGCCGGUUCUGAGGUAAUAACAGUCGUUGCCAUUGAUGGGGACCGAGGGAAGCCUAAUGACAUUCAUUACCGUCUUAUGAAUGGAAGUGAAGGCUCGUUUGAAAUAAAUAACGCAACUGGAGCCAUUUCUGUUAUUAAAAGCCCAAUUCAGCUGAAGAAAGAAGUCUAUGAACUGAAAAUUCAGGCUUCCGAAAUCAGCCCGGAGGGUGAGGCGACCGCUCACGCCUUCGCCACGGCAACCAUACGUGUUGUGGACCUCAACAACCACCCGCCAACGUUCUACGGAGAAAACGGGCCACAGAACCGAUUUGAGCUCACAAUGUACGAGCAUCCGCCGGAGGGCGAGAUUCUGAGAGGCCUCAAAAUUACCGUCAAUGACUCAGAUCAGGGGGCGAAUGCGAAAUUCAACCUCCGGCUUGUUGGGCCAGGCGGCAUUUUCCGCGUUGUCCCUCAGACUGUGCUGAACGAAGCGCAGGUCACAAUCAUCGUAGAAAACUCUGCUGCCAUAGACUACGAAAAGUUUCAGGUCUUGACCUUCAAGCUUCUUGCAAUAGAAGUUAACACACCUGAGAAGUUCAGUUCAACAGCAGAUAUUGUGAUCCGUCUCUUGGAUACGAAUGAUAAUGUCCCAAAGUUUUCAUCUGAUUACUACAUCGCGAGGAUUCCAGAGAAUUCUCCUGGCGGCUCCAAUGUUGUGGCUGUAACGGCAACAGACCCUGAUUCAGGCCUUUGGGGUGAAAUGAAAUACUCCAUUUAUGGAACAGGUGCAGAUCUAUUCCUCAUCCAUCCAUCCACUGGGAUCAUUUACACCCAGCCAUGGGCCACGUUAGAUGCAGAAGUUACGUCCAAGUACAACUUCUAUGUGAAGGCAGAAGAUACAGAGGGGAAGUAUAGCUUGGCUGAAGUCUUCAUCACUGUGCUUGAUGUCAACGAUCACUCCCCAGAGUUCAACGAGAACAUCCAGGAAAAAACCAUGAUUAUAGGCACUCCAGUGAAAGUGGAGGCAACAGACCAAGAUGCGGAAGAACCCAAUAACAUAGUUGACUAUUCCAUCAUGCAAGCAGAUCCUGCCAAUGUGUUUGAUAUAGACCAAAGCACCGGAGAAAUAAAACUGAAAUCCUACAUAAGAUCCUUGGACAUCAUUCACAACAUCACCAACAACAAAGACUGCAUAUGGUCGGUGGUAGUUCAAGCCAAAGAUCGGGGCUCUCCUUCAUUUAGCACCACCGCUGUCCUGAAGAUUGAUAUCACAGAAGAGACUCUUCACAAAGGGCCUAUGGCUGCCUUUUUGAUGCAAACAAAAGAUAACCCCAUGAAAGCCUUAGGAGUGCUAGCUGGUGUCAUGGGGGUGAUGGUGGCCAUCACCAUCUUAAUCUCCACCGCCAUGUUCUGGCGCAAUAAGAGAUCCAACAAAAUCAUGCCCGUGAGGCGGAUCAUUAAAAAGAGGCAGAACCUACCAACCAGGACGAUCAGGAUGGAGUGGCUGAAAUUCAAGAGGCCCAGCAAUGCUGCGGAGAAGUUUGCCGUUGAAGAGGAUACCAAGAGUCUGCAAAAUGAGAACAGCAACAACAACUUCCAGGUGCCCCUUCCUCCUCCGCCACCUGCUGCUCCAGCCCUACCUCCAGCCCCGGCGCUCAAGACUAAUGUCUCUGAUUGGAGGGUCCCCACAGUAUCCGGAUUGCUGAGUCCGAAGAUUAUUAAAAAGCAGGCGAAGAAAGGUGCUGUGGUCUGCACAUCUCACAAUGCCCUGGUGUCGGAGCUCAAGCAGAGGUUUGAAAUGAGAAAUGCAGCAAGCCCUCACAUUUAGUGUCUCCUCCCCACAGCUUGCAUGUGGAGUGCGUCUUCUGUGUGCCAUUCCAGGUACAUGGUGUGAUUUUCUUAUUUUGCAUUUUGUACCAGUUCCCCAUCUCCCCGCAAGCUGAAAACACUCGUUAUCUCUUCUCGGUGUUUCGCAUCCAUUUGCCCGGAUCACAUGCCGGUACAUAUCCUAUCGCCCGGUACAAUUGUUUCACCUAUAACUUUAUGGUAAUAUGUGGUGCGCAUUUGUUGCAGUAUUUUUAUACCGGUUCCCGCCGCAAAGUCUGCUUGUGUGUUUGUGUGCUGCAAAUUUCAGGAUGCCAAUUUGUUCUGUAUCUGGCCAAUGCUUUCCAGUAAUCUGUUUUAAAGUUCAGCUUGAAAUAUUGAACGUUUUAAAAUAUCUCAUGCCAGAGUCCUCAAGGAAUAGCCAAGUAAGCCUAACAAGCUGCCCCAUCUCCUAGCAUGCCACUCACUGAAAUUCAGUAGCUCCAGGGUCCAGCUCAGAUGUUGGUUGACCUUAUAAAUUGCUCUACUCCAGCCAUAACUCGGGAUUUACUCAGGCUGGAAUUUGACAGCAUUCCCAAUCAUAUAGGCAUCAACCAUACAGAUGGACAUGCCCCAAUGUGAGGUGUGAAUGAUGCAAUUUGCCCUAACCUGUCCAAGAAAAUCUCUUGAAUGAGAAAGGAAGGAGGUGAGGGAUCAUGGCAGGAGGUGACAGCCAGCAGCAUGCAGCAUCACUUUCCCAGUAAGGGUGGUGGAAUUUCUAGUUGCAAUCCAGUUUUUUCACCUUCGGGAAGGUGAGGGAGGAGGCAGUUCUCAGGACUGAAAUGAACACAGACAGCAAGGAGAGUUGUGUUUACCCUGAUUCUGUUCACAGGUGUGCAGUGAGAGG